GGCUAAUAAUUGUCAGUCACCAUCUUCAAAUUUUCAAGAAAGGAAAAAGUCGCGGGGUUUGCAAAGCUUCAUCUCCCACCAUUAUUCAAAUCUUCACAAAAAUCGGUGUACGAUUUCUCAGACACCAAAAAAAGGGGGUUUGAGAAGAGAUGAAGAAAGGGGAUGCGGCAACUAUACGAACAAAAAUGGAGCAACUUAGGUUAACAUGUAACACGGAUUUACACAUUCAACAACAGAGUAUAGACGCCGGCGCUAUCUCUUUUAGGAAAUCUUUGGAUUCAGCCAACACCCAAACUCAACAAACCCUUCAAUUCCAAGCAAAACUUGGGAAAUUGAAAACUGAGCUCAGAGAGGCAGAAGAUAAUUUAGUAAAAGCACUUGCAGUCAAGACCAGAAAAGAGGCAAAGAUGAUAGAAAUAGCUGAACUAAUAUCUACUACCAAUGCUAGAGUGGAAGAGCUUAGAGGGGUCGUGGAAGAUAAAAGGGCCAGGAAACAUGAAUAUUCCACCCUAGUAUCUCAACAGGAUGAUGCUGUACUUUUCUUUUAUGUUGGGGUGAAAGCUUUGGAAGCACUUGAAGAAAAGCUUAACCAGAACACCGAACAUAGAGAGGCAAUAGAGGAGGCUACUGUGUGGUACAAUAAGGUGCUUGGUUUACGUAUUGAAUGUGGCCAAGGAGUAAAAUUCAUCUUUACCAAUAUAAAUGCCAACAAUCCAGAUGAUGAGUACUCUUUUACUGUCCGUUGUGAGAAUGAUGUACAUACUUUGAUUGAUUGUGAUCCACAACUGAAUGAAGCAAAAGACCUGAUCAUUGAGUUAAAUAAAAGCAAUGGAUUAUUCAAGUUCAUCAGGACUAUGAGAGAGAAGUUUCUAGAAGCUGUAGCAGGUGGAUUAACAUCGCAAGAUCAAGAUACUUCUACGGUCUCUAUGCCUCCCCUCAUGUCGUCCAUCUCAAUUAGUAGUAGAGAUGAAUCUUCACCCCAGAAAGCGGAGUCUCAAUAUGAUGAAUAUAAGAGAGCUUCCAGGAAGCUUGCCCAUGGUAAAAGGGAUAGGUCAGCCAUUCUCUCUCCUGUAUCUGCAUCGUCUCUUCGCCGCUCUCCUCGUUUUAAGGUCAAGAAAUGAUAAUUAUCAGCCUCUUUUUUCCACCUGAAUAUGUUGAAGCACCUUCUUGAAGUUGAUCAGCCAUCAUAUACUCUCAAUUGGCGAGCACUGACCAGCAAAUACUCCUUCAAUUUAUGUAUAUUAUUUUCCAUUUUGGUUUGUUUAAAAAAAUGCCAUCUUUAUAUAUUUAAUGAAUUUUUAGUUCUAACAUCCCCAUGUUACCCUUAUUGACAAUCCCUUAUAGGAAUGACCUGACAUGUUCAAGACUAAGAUCAAAAGAUACUUUUAGUAUGCUAUGUACACCACUAGUUUAAAGACCAAUUUAAAAGUCUUUAUUGAACAAAUUAAGAUUCAUGAAAUGAAAAUGGAGGGAAGAUUUGAUUU